AUUAACGAUAUUGUUAAGAUAGGGUGGUUACCAGUAAGACAGCGAAGAGAUUUCCACGUUCUCAAACUCGUUCACCAGGCUUUGUACUCCCCCAGCUGGCCGUCUUACGUACCACUAGAUACAGUUAAACAUCUCCGAUCUUUGCGGUCAGGAGCAGCAACAAGAUUAACUAUACCAAUGGAGAGGGGCACUUUUCAAGACUCUGCUGCCAAGUUAUUUAAUGUCCUUCCGGCAAAUAUUAGAAACUGUAGCGAUUUCAAAGUACAUUUUAGGGAAGUUAAUGCCUAUCUAUUAAAUAACAUUUGUAAAUAGUUUGUAAAUUGUAUAUAGGGUUGUAUUAAUCUUUAUAACAUUUUUAUUUUUAUACAAUAUCCUUUUAUAGUCCGAUAUUUUUGCUUUUUUUUUAUAUUGUAGAUUUCAAUUCAAUUUUAUUUUUGUAGCAUAUUAUAGUUUUUCUUUUUUUAUAUUGUAGUUUUUAACAGGUGAAGAGCCACUAGGUGGAUACACUGUUAAUAAACCAUUAUUAUUAUUAUUUUAUUAUUAA